AUGUUAAGAAAUAAAAGCACCGACUCCGUCAUCUCCUCAACUCUAUCCGUCCUGGAUAUCCCCAACCUUGGCCAAGCCAUGGCGCUUGGUGCUCUCUACAAUGCUCGAACCGGACAUUGCACCAAUGCAUCGGUUCUCUCCGAUACUCUCCCUCCCACUCUCAUCGAAUCCCGAGACGAGAAUGCAAUCAACACAAAGUUCGUCUCCGAAGACAGUUACAAGGAAAAGUUCAGGGCCUUUGGGAUCGACGGGAACCUAAAGUUGAACAUCCUGGCCAACAAUGUCCCUUUGAACGCUCAAUUCAAGUACCUCGCGACCGAAAAACAAUCCUCGAAAUCGGUCAAGGUCUCCUUGUCCUAUGCGGUCCAGACGAAAUUGGAAAGGAUCAAUAUCCGAUCUAAAAAAAUCCGAGAGUACAUCAACUUGAAAGCUUUGAACGAUACCGAUGCCACUCAUGUCGUCACGGGGAUCCAAUGGGGGGCCAACAUGUUGUGUUCCUUUGAACAUAGCCUUGAGGAAGGAGAGACUGAAAAGGAGGUCGCGGGUAUCCUGGGUGCUGCUUUUAAUACCCUCAAGGUCGGCGCGAAUAUCAACGGAGAUCUGAAAAAGAACAGCAGAAUGACCACCAAGGACAUGUCUGUCAGUAUCAGUGUCCUUGGUGACAUUGUCCCCAAGGCAGACUCGUAUCCAGCCUCGGUCGAAGAUGCCGUUCAGCUCAUGAGACGAGUGCCCGAAUUCGUUGAGGGUGUGAACCAAGGGAAAGGAAGUGUCCUGCAGUACAAACUCGAACCAAUCGAAAAAGUUCGAGCCCAUUUUGAUCUUGAGACCAAAAUCGAGUCGAUGAUCAACAAUGUCCACCUGGACUUGGUCGAUAAAGUCGAAAGUACCCUUGAUACCAUUGUCGAGAACCGAAUCCGUUUGACCGAGGCCUUGAAUGAUAUUCUCGAAUACAGUCAGUACAUUGCCGAGACUGAGGAGAAGCGCAUCAAGAAGGGACUCAAGGAUUUCAACCGAGAUGAACGAGAGUUCAAAAACUCCCUCUCUGAGACUGUUCGAGCCAUCCAAGCUGGAGAGACAUCUGUGAAUGACUUGUUCCUGUUGUUGGAAGACUUCGAGGUGGGAAAUUGUUCCUCAUCGGUGGUUGAUGAGGUCAUUGAGCGUUACCAGACCCUAACGAGCCGGAUUUCGUUUAUCCGUCGUUGCGAAAAGGUCAACAUUCAGGUCAUCUCCAGAGUGAAUGAGAUCUCAAGCGUCUUGCCAACCUCGCCGACGGACAAAACGUUUGUCCUUACCGUCCCAAAGUCCAGUGACUAUACCAUGAUCGAGCAAAGCCAGGUUUGGCAUAUCUUCAGACUCUUGAGAGAGGACCACAAUGAUGCCCAGACGGUUUUUACGAUUUACGACGCCUCGAUCUCAUCCAAGAACCCGCGGCUGAAUGACUUGGCCGAGUUGAAGAUCGUCAAGUACCAUGGAAGCGUCGAGUUUGAUCAGGAUGCCUUCCGAGCCUCGAUCCUUCGUCCUUCUAUCAAACUGUCUUCGCCGGAAAGUGUGGAUCAAGCGGAGAGAACCAAGCUGGCUGGCCAUGCCCUGCGAAUGCCCUGUCCUUCAUCCCAUGAAGGCGGGUGUCAUUUUGGUGCCACGAAGUGGGUUUGCUUCAAGUGCGAGGAGGUGAUGCAGUACGAAUACAAUGAGUUUGUCUAUUGUCACUGUGGAAAGACAAGGAUCAAGGACUGCACCUUCCGAUGUGACUCGAUCGAACAUGGUUAUCGAUACAAGGAACUCCAUUCCCAAUCCAUUCAGUCGAUUUUUGAAAAGAUUUAUCCAGGAGACGAUGAGAUCAACAUCCUAUUGUUGGGAGAGACUGGAGUUGGCAAGUCGACUUUCAUCAACGCCUUUGCAAACUAUCUCCGAUACGACAGUUUGGAGAUCGCCGAGAAGAUGGAGAUGACGACGUUGAUCCAAUCCAAGUUCGAGAUCGAGGGUACGACAGUCAUUGCCGGGAGCCCGGACCCGGACCAGAACGAGAAGUUGAAGGAUGGUCAAUCAAGUACCCAGUGUUGUCGAUCCUAUGUCUUUCCCCUGAACGAUGACAUCAAGAUCCGAUUGAUCGACACUCCCGGGAUUGGUGACACUCGAGGGGUGAAGCACGACAGGGAAAACUUUGAAGAGAUUAUGAACUACAUCUCUAGAUUUAAAAAGAUCAGCGGUAUCUGCAUUCUCCUCUUGCCCGACACCCCUCGUCUGACGACUUCGUUUCGAUUCUGCAUCGAUGAGCUGUUAUUGCAUCUUCACAAGAGUGCCGCGGACAAUAUCCUUUUCACUUUCACAAAAACCAGAUCUUCCUUCUAUGGGCCCGGCGAUACCAUGACUCUUUUAAGAACUUACAUGAAGGAAUUGGAGCAAGCUAAUGGCGUCACCAUCCAGUUGGAGACCAACACGCUUUUCUACUUUGACAACGAAGCCUUCCGACUCUAUGCGGCCCUGAAACAAGGUCUUCUUAACUUCGAUCCGAAAAUAAGAGAGACGUUUGCAGCGAGUUGGACCCAAUCCGUAGUGGAAGCCCAAAGACUGGUCAAACGAGUCAGGGAUCUUAAACCUCACAACACAGACGAAACCGUGACCUUGGACAGGGCCCGUCGUUUGAUCAUCCUCUUAGCGCCGCCGAUGACCCAGAUCAAUGAAAACAUCACCAUCGAGGUCAAUAAGAUCAAUAACCUCAAGGUCGAGGCACAGAACAAUGAGAUCAACGCCGAAGAGCUGAAAACGAGGCUGAUGUAUGCGAAUAGGGAUUUGAAUCCCGUCUAUCUCAAACGCCCAAGAAUGGUCUGUACCUCUUGUUCGACUAUCGAUGGCGAUAGUGUCCGAUACAACCAACAUUGCCAUGUUAACUGUCGUGUCAAUGCUGUGACCAACCGUGUGGGCAAAGGGAUUCUAAAAUGGUGUUCGGUCAUGAAGGAUUGGAAGACCUGUAGGGCGUGUGGCUGUGGAUGGGAGGAACACAUGCAUCUCAAGAUCGACUACACCGAGGUCAAGAAACAAAAGAUAGACACCGAGCGAGAACUGAACAAAAAACUCUCCAGGGUCGAUGCAAUGAAUUUGGCGAUCACCGAAGCGGAUGAGCGGAUCAAGACCUUGGAGUCGGAAAAGAAGAUCAUUUUUGAUUCCCUCAUGACCUUCACGAACUUUCUUCUUCGGAAUUCGAUUCUGAUUCAGAACAGUGGGAUCGUGGACUAUAUCGACAUGAGUAUCAAGAAUCAGGACAAGAUUGCCCAGAGGACCAAAGAUUUUUCGAUCGUGGAGUCUUUACAGACUCAGAGGGAUGAAUUCGUCGGCCAGACAGAGAUCAUCGAAAGGGCUAUCAAGGACGGAAAGUUUCAUGUGGCCAUGAUCACAGAGUUGGACGUCAACAGUGCCAGAGACAGGCUCUGUCGAUUGAAGGUCAAUGGUGAAGCUUUGGUUAAGGUUAUGGAUUGGGGGCAACAGGAUCAAAUCCAGGCUACGCCGAAGGAUAUUAGGAUCGGAGGUGGAUAUGUCACAGGAGCUCAUCACAACCCUGCUCGCGCCUUUGCCACCUCGGUCGUUGCCCGUAGUUUCACUCGUGACCACUGGAUCUUCUUGCUCGGCCUCUUGUUUGGCGCAAUCCUGGCCGCAGCGUUACACAUCCUUUUCCGCUACUUUGACUAUGACCAACACAACGCCGGAAUCGACGCCGAGAACCAGGCCCAGUACUUGCGUGCCCAGGACGCCGCGGCUCAUCAUCUUGGUCACGGCGAUCAGCAGACGACUUAUGUCAACCGUAACCCCAACGGCACUGCCACCACCACCACUACUACCCCGCACGGUCGUCAAGGAAGGGAGAGGGCUUUUAGUGCCGUGGAAGGAGGGAGUGAGGAGUUGCUUUCCUCGGAUGUUAUUUUAUUUGUUUUGUUCAUUGCUCAUACAUAA